CUCGAUCGGUCCACGUACAUUAUUUUUCAUAUUUUCAGAUCUUCAACCAUUUUUUCCCUCACGUACACAAAAGAAGAAGAUCGGAGAUUGGCCGGCCGGAAUCUUUUUCAUAUAUCCGGCGUGGGAAAUAAACUGUACUAAGGGAGAAUUAUUGAAGGUUCGGUUCUGAUUUCUGAAAAAAAAAAAGGAAGAAAUAUAAUGGAGGAUGAGGCGUUGAGAGUAGGGAGGUCAUUGGAGGGAACUCCGACUUGGUCAGUAGCUACCGUCACCACUGUCAUGGUUUUCCUUUGCUUCUUCGUAGAACGCUCCAUUUUCCGCUUUGGAAGGUGGUUGGAGAAGACAAGGAGGAAAGCUCUUUAUGCUUCUCUGGAAAAGAUAAAGGAAGAGCUCAUGUUGCUAGGCCUAAUAUCUUUGUUGUUGGGGCAAUGGGCAAGAUGGAUUACUCAAAUUUGUGUGAGCUCCUCCCUCUACAACAGUAAAUUCUACAUCUGCUCACAAGAGGAUUAUAGUUCCUCCCAAAGAAUGCAUUUCCAAGAUUCAUCUAUGGUAAUGGUAUCAUCAAAUCACACUGAGGAUAUUCAUCCCCAUACAAUUAGGCAUUCACCCCAUCAUUUUCAAUGUGGAGAGGGUCGGGAACCUUUUAUUUCUACAGAGGGUCUUGAGCAGCUUCACCGUUUCUUGUUCGUUCUUGCCAUAACUCAUGUUCUCUAUAGUUUCAUAGCUGUGGGCUUGUCAAUGAGCAAGAUCUACAGUUGGAAGAAAUGGGAAAAUCAAGUGAGCAUUGGGGCUGAGUCUAACAACUUACCAGCAAAGUGUAAGGUGAUGAGGCGACAAUCCACUUUUGCUCUAAAUCACACAUUACAUCCAUGGGCUAGAAGUCCAAUUUUAAUUUGGAUGCUUUGCUUUCUACGACAGUUCAGGAGUAGUUCCAUUCUGAAGUCAGAUUACUUGGCACUGCGUUUGGGUUUUAUUAAUAAUCAUAAACUUCCGCUCUCCUAUAAUUUCCACAAAUACAUAAUUCGUAGCAUGGAAGAUGAAUUUUAUGAAAUGGUCGGGAUCAGUUGGCCACUAUGGGGUUAUGCUAUCAUUUGCAUGUUUGUGAAUAUCCAUGGUCUUAAUAUCUAUUUAUGGCUUUCUUUUAUACCGAUCACUAUUGUCAUGGUGAUUGGGACAAAACUUCAACAUGUUAUGUCCUUGUUAGCACUUGAAAUUGCUGAACCAAAGGUUCCAGUAAUUGUUGGAACUCAAGUAGAGCCACACGAUGGACUUUUUUGGUUCGGAAAACCAGAAAUCUUGCUACGCUUAAUUCAAUUUGUAUCAUUUCAGAAUGCAUUUGAGAUGGCGACAUUUAUCUGGACUUUGUGGGGAUUCCAACAUCAAUCUUGCUUCGUGAAAAACCACUCAUUGUUAUCUCUCCGAUUGACUUCAGGGGUUCUUGUCCAACUAUGGUGUAGCUAUAGCACUAUUCCGUUGAAUGUUAUCAUCUCACAGAUGGGAUCUCGGUGCAGAAAGGCUCUCAUAGCUGAAAGCGUCCGUGAGUCACUUCAAAUGUGGUGCAAGAGAGUUAAACAAAGAUCCAAACGUGGCACAUUGACUACCACAACAUCCGCACAUUCAUUCCAAUCAAUAAUAAAGGAAGGAGAUGAGGCAACCACUAUGACAUUAUCUCCUAGUUCCUCUCUGCAAUCCCUAAAUGUUAUUGAUAAGGAUGGUUUCACAAAUCAACAUGGAAAUGGAGAUUCAGAGAUAAGCUAUACAUGAUGAUUUCUUACAUUUUAUAGAGAAUGGACAAAAUACAUGGAAGUCUUUAAGAAAUCGAGGAACCUAAUUAGGAGUUAAGUUGUUAAAUUAUGUAUCUGUUGAGCAUUUUCUAGAUCAGAUAAGAUCUUCUCCGCCAGUACUAAGGGAUAUCCUCAUUCAUGAGAUUAUUAGAUGAUGAUUCUAGUGGCAUGCCUGAUUAUUUUUUCGAGCAUGAUUGAGUGGGAGGGGUUAUUUGAUAAACAUUCUCAAAUCAAA